CCAGUUCACUUCUGUCUGCUUAAGGUGAAGCACCCCUCGCGCGUGUGACGGUGCACGGUGUGGUGUGAGUUCAAGCUCUUUCGCGGUGUUUGCCGAUUUUGCGUAGAAUUUUUUUGUUUCUGUUCUCCGGUUGCAAGGAAAAAAACAAUUACCGUCACACUUUAACCGUGUUAACUUUGUGUGAUAGUAUUAAAGAGAGUUUCCUUGUUGAGGGAAGAAAAGCUACGCCUUAAGGUCGUGAAAAUUGUGCGGAAAAGCUUUUGCGUAACUUGCGCGAGGAAAAAUCGAAAUUUUGUGCCUAACAAAUUGCGACAAAAAGUGGGGCAAGUUCAGUGGAGAGUGCAACUUUGACAGCUUCACACGGUAAUUUGUGAAUAGGCUACUUCCCAGCUUGAUCGUGAAAAAAGAGGGUCUCGAGUGGCAAACAAAAGUGGUGCAGAAUUUUCAUUGCCAAACAACACAAAAAGGAAAAUUCUUUUACUUCCCUUCUUCCUCCACCGUUCGAAAUUUUCAUCCCUCUUCCUCCGAGAAGUGCUCACCUAGAAAAGUGAGAAAGAGAGAGGGAGAAAGUGAGAUCAAAAGUAAAAGUGCUAGCUGCACACAGGGAAAACACAGAUAUUCUUCUGAGUGGCAUUGUGGGUGUUCUAAAAAUAUCUCCUUAAUCGAAAGAAACGCGAAUCAUUUAUUUAUACUCGGAGACGUGUGAAGACAACAACACUGACUUGGCAGAAAAAUAACACACCACAAAUUGCUUGGGAAAACGCAGCUGAGCGUUGUUGAAUGUUUGAAAAUUGGUGAAAAUUCGGCGAAUUUGCGUGCGGAAAGCUUCAAAAAGAAGAUUGUCACCACACCACGUCCAAACCUAAUCGCGUUACAUUACGUUUGGUCAGCUUCAGCCUGGAAGCUCCUAUUUUAAGAAUCGCCACCAACGUGAGCCGCCAGUAGCAGGAAGUCCCGCCGUCCGAGCGGUUGGAAGUUCCCGUCAGUGUUUCGCGAGCCGGUGAUAAGUGAUGGUCGCAGCUUUUCCAGUCGGUUGGAAGAAGAGUGCCGAGUUGUGAGGGUUUGUGGGUUCUUAUCUCUGCAAAGUGUUUAUCGGUGGGCAGGUGAUUAGAUUGCAGAAAUCAAUCGCCGAGUUGAAGUGAAGACGGAGGGGGUUUGUGUGAGUUAUCACACGAGCGGAUGUAUUAGUGUGCAAAAAGUGACGACCGCGUAGGAGUUGGGGAGUUGUUAUCAGCUGUGUCUCCCCCCUCGUUAAUUGCUUGGAGUGAUGAUUGCGAGGGCUCCAAUCGAAUGCUGUAGUCGUGUUUUUGCGUAGUACGAGCGCGGGUAGACCAAGCGCCGACCCGACGACGAUGCUGUCCUGAAGUCCUGAAGUUGUGCCGCGUAGAAUCAGGAGUCAGUCUGUUAGUGUGUGUAGUUCAUAAGUUCUAGAAAGUUCAAACCACCCCCGCGUACAAAGUGUUCACAGUGAAAUCAAGGGAAAGACUCACAAGAUGUUCGGAAUGUCUGCCCUGGCCCAUCAGGUGAACAUGAACAACUUCCUUUCCCUGCUGGUGGGGGCCUCGCUGGUCGCGGCCAACUCGUCCCCGAGCCACCACGACCUCACGUCGUUCUCCCAGCCCUCGCAGGACUUCUCCAACGGAGUUUCGUCCUUUGCCCUCCCGGCGGAGGACGGCCGGAUGGCAGCCUUCGACAGCUACACCCUGGCGUUCCUCAACUACACGUACACCAACGGUGACGACGCCCUGGUCCAGGACGGAGAACUGAUCGGCAAGUUCGGUGAAGGUCGCAUCCUGAACCGCACAGGCCUGCUCGUCCACAUCACCAAGUCGGACAACGAAAACGAUCACACCGGGUGUACCAAGGAUUGGAACGGGACGCUGGGGACGCCGCUGCCCCCGCGGGAGGUCCCGUGGAUUGCGCUGAUCAAGCGUGGAAAUUGCAACUUUGAGGAGAAGGUGCGCCACGCGUACAAUCACGGAGCGGGCGCGGUUAUCAUCUACAACGAUAAGGACGAUCCGCGGUUGGAUAAAAUGAAGAUCAACGAUAAAGAACGGAACAUAACCGCCGUGUUCACGACCAAGGCCAAGGGCCACGAGCUGAUCGACAUCAUGGAGCGUAUGGGCUACAAGGUGACCAUGGCCAUCAUCGAGGGCAACCGCCACUUCAAGUCGAUGGCCAACAUUAAUAGAACCUCCGUCCUGUUCGUCUCGAUCUCGUUCAUCGUGCUGAUGAUCAUCUCGCUGGUGUGGCUGGUGUUCUACUACGUGCAACGGUUUCGGUACCUGCAAACCAAAGAUAAACAAUCGAGGCGACUUUGCAACGUAGCGAAACGAAUCAUUGCCAAAAUUCCAACCAAGAGUAUUAAAUCAGAUGACAAGGAAAUCGACAACGAUUGCUGCGCUAUCUGCAUCGAGCCCUACAAGGUAACGGACGUGAUACGCGUUCUUCCCUGCAAACACGAGUUCCACAAGGCCUGCAUCGACCCGUGGCUGCUGGAGCACCGCACCUGUCCGAUGUGCAAGAUGGACAUCCUCAAGCACUACGGCUUUGUGUUCACCGGCAGCCAGGAGAGCAUUCUGCAGCUGGACCUGGACAUGGAAGAGGGUGACUUGAUCGAUGACCACAGCAGCACCGAUGGUGGCGGCUACCAGCGCCGUCACAGUGUGAGCCCGCUACCCCAGAUUCGGGCCUCAAAUGAGAAUCGGAUGUCCCGCAGUUCGUCGGAGUCGGACUCGGAGAACGACCGCCACCGGCACCACCACCAUCACCAUCACCACGUGGCCACGUCGAACCACGUGCACCAUCACCACCACCACCACAGCCGGGGUCAGUCGCUGGGGGGUGGCCGUAACAGUUGCCACGGCGAAAGCAGCGUAGAUUACGUCGACGAGCAGCAGCAGCAACAUGAUGUGGAUGCGCAGGACUCGGCGGGGGUGGAAUCACGCACCGAAAACGACAUCUGCGUGGGCUGUUUGGCCGCGGCCCUGAACAAGAAGCAACGCAAGUUUGACGGAACCUGCUCGCAGGACGAUGCCGAUAGUGAUACCUUCUCCCCGGAACACCAGCACGGCUCCAACAGUCUUCCGGCGACGCUCAAAAAGUACAAGGGCAACCACUCGACCGGUUCCUGUCGCGGAAUGAAUCCGCCGGACCACUACCACCAGCAUCCGGCCCCGUCUCAGCAACAACCCACUUCCUCCUCAAAGCCGUUCAACUUUUACAAAACCGACGGCGGCCAGAUCCGGAAGGUGCGCACGCCGCUCAAGAACCUGCUCUCGCAGUCCGUGUCGGCCCCGUGCGACGACGACUGCUCGCUGACCAACAUCCACCUGGGCACGGAACAGCACGAACCGUGCUCGGAUCCGCCGGCCGGACUGUUGGCCGAGGUUGCGCCGGCUUCCGGAGGUCGACGCUGUUCCCUGUCGCGGACUUCGUCCUGCGACUCGACGGAUCGCCGUCGGAGCCAUCUUCAGCAGGAGGAAGACGACGACGACGAGGGUUCGGACGAAACGGAACCGCACAGUGACAACGAUCUGAUCGCCAAAGGUGGGGCUGGCCACGACGGAGAGGGUAAGAAAAAGUGAUAAAAGUGAUAUAUAUUCCUAGAAGUUUAAUCUAACGUAGUGAAAAAUUUAACGUUGCAGUUCUGCAAAUAAUUAACAAAAAAAAACUUUAGAACUUAGAGACAAGCGCUAAAUUAACUAACAAUUUUUAAGGGUUGAAAAAAACUUGUGCGUGAUAUAAAUGUGUAACUUUCUGCUCUGACCUUUUUCGAAACAAAAGCAAAAAACGCAAAACAAAAUAAGAAAGUUUAAUUUUUAUAGAAAACAAAAAAAACAAACAACAAAAACUUCCCCCCAAGUUGUUCUUCACUUCUUCCUCCGCAAAGUAUUUCAGGUAGUACUUAUAUAGUUAAGCUCAGAUCAGAACUAGUAGAAAAAAAAACCUCAAUUUGGUUGGUUCGCUCUCGUCAAGUGCCUCGAUUAGGGAUGAGGGAGGUCGAGGUCGAGAAAUAAAAAAAAAUCAAUAUUUAUGAUAUUAGCAAAGACAAAAGUAACUGAUUAACUGAAUUACUAGCAGCAAGACUAACACUAACCAGAGUAGCGUCGGUAACGAAUUUCACUUAACUAGAGUUGAUGAUAUUUAAAUAAACUGGUACAGGCUACGAAUGUGUGCUAAUGAGGGAGGAGGUAUUUCCUAAAUUUAUUUGUAGUUUGAGAGAAAAGAUAAAAGGGAGGAAUAUUAUGCAAUAAAAUGAUAGAAAAGCUAUUUUUCCCAAAAAAGACAUUUUGUGCUCAGUUUGUAAGCGGUAAAGGGGAGAAAUUAUUCGAAAUUCGAUAUUCGAAAAUUUUUGCUGAUCUUCUGGAGAAUAACUUAAAAAUACAAAAAAAUUGCGGGUUUAGGAAAAUUAUUCAUUUUCUUGAAAGAUUAAAAAUCUUUUCCUUAACCUCACAAAUCAAAUUUCAUUGAAAAUCUGCAAACUAUAAAGAACUUUUUUUAUUUGGAUGAAACUUUGCCCAUGCAUUCUGUAUAUCUAAAGAAGCAAUUUUGCAAAAAAAAUUCUAUCAAGUCUCUAUUCCAAGGUUUUUAACGAUAAAAUAAUCGAGGUUCGAUAACGAGUUAUAUCGUAAUGGUUGAGACGAACUUACUCAAAAUCAAUUGCUAAAAUUGACUGAAUCCAGCCAAAUCCUGUUUAAUUUUCAAAGCUUUUACUAAGAAUAUAUAUUUUUGGAUUAUAUAGUAAGUGUUCAAAUAAAAAAACGCAAAUAAAUAAAACAAAAUUCUGUAUUUUUUAAAAAUACUCAAACUUACAUAAUUUGAAAUACAGGGGUAAAACGACGAAAUUUUUUAGAGUUGUUUUUUGGUAAAAUACUAAAUUUUUCAAAAUUUACAGUUUUUUUUUCAAAAAUACUCUAAUUUUCACAAUUUGCAAUUGGGUAUCAAACGAUGCAAAAUUUGAAAUGCACUUUAAAUUUUCAAGAGUUUUUUUUGUAAAAUACUCAAAUUUUCACAAAAACGUAUUUUUUCAAAAUACUGAAAAAUGAAAAAUUUGUAAAAUUUUUAUCGAAUUGGUAAUUGACGUGAAAUUAUAAAUAAAUUUUCACUUUUUUAAAGUUUUUUGUUUUCAAAUACUAAUAUUUUUACAAAAUGCCAUAUUUUUUAAAAAUACUAUUAUUUUUGAAAAUUCUCAAUUUUUCACAAUUUACAGUUUCCAAGCAACCUGCGUUGGACAAAAAUCAUAAAUUCAUGACGAAAUCCAGUCUGCAACCCGCUAAGACAACCAUCUCCAUGCAAAUGCGAUGCGAAGUAAAAAAAUGCAAAUAAAUUAAACAAAAUUCCGAUUUUUUUUUUGAAAAUACUGAUACUUACAUAAUUUAAAUUACAGGUAUCAAAUGACGCAAUUUUUUAUGCAUUCCACUUUUUUAGAGUUGUUUUUUGGUAAAAUACUCAAUAUUUCACAAUUUUAGUUUUUUUUUCAAAAAUAUUCAAAUAUUCAUAAUUCGCAAUUGGGUAUCGAACGAUGCGAAAUGUGGUAUGCAUUUUAACUUUUAAAGAUUUUUUUUUCUGUAAAAUACUCAAAUUUUCACAAAGGCGUAAUUUUUCAAAAUAAUGAAAAUUGAAAAAAAAUAAAAUUGCUUUCAAUCAAAGUGAAAUUUUUAAUGCAUUUUCACUUUCUUAGAGUUUUUCGUUUUCAAAUUCUAAUAUUUUCACAAAAUGCCAUAUUUUUCGAAAAUACUCAUUUUUUUUUAAUUUGCAAGAUAGAUAUCAAACAAAGUGUAAUGUUGUAUGAAUUGUUACUAUCAUAGAUUUUAUGUUUGUAAAAUUCUCAAAUUGUCAUAGGCUAUCGUAUUUUUCGAAAAUAUUCAUAUUUGAAUGAAAAUACGAUAAUUUGAAAAUUUGGGAAUUAUAUAAAUAAAUUGUAGUAAAGCGAAAACACAUGCAAAAAUAAUAUUGCAUAUUAUGAAAAUUUAAAAGUUUUCAAAAAUACGGGAAUCGAUGAAAAUUUUAGCAUUUUACUAAAAACACUGGAAUAAAUUGACACAUUAAGAAUUUUGCCUCGUUUGACACCGAUAUUGCAAAUAAUAAAAAUUUGAGUGCCUUUGAAAAAAAAAACUGCAUUUUUUGAAAAUUUGAGUAUUUUACAAAAAAAAAAAUAUUUAAAAGGCUUAAAUGCACUCAAAAUUUCACUUCUUUUGAUACCCAUAUUGUAAACGAUGACAAUUCGAGUAUUUUCGAGAAAAAACGGUAUUUUGUGAAAAUUUUACGUAUUUUACUCAAAACUCUAAUACAGUUCAGACUCGAUUAUCCGAAGGCCCCGGAAAAAUUUCACUUCGGAUAAUCGAUACACGACAAAAAAAUUUGUUUCGCUGUCUUCUUUUUGAUUGUCGAACUUAAUUAAGUAUGACCCCUAAACUACGCUAAAGUAAUUUAUAUUUUUUUAAUCCAAGAUGGCGGCCAAUAUUGAUGAAUUUGAUGUUUAAAACAAGAAAAAAACCCAUACAAAUCCCAUACAAACCUUCGGAUAAUCGAAACUUCGGAUAAUCAAGGCUUCAGAUAAUCGAGUCUGGACUGUAAAGUGAAAAUGCAUACAAAAUGUCGCUUGGUUUGAUACCCAUUUUGCAAAUUAUGUAAAAUUUUGUUUUUCAAUAAACACGAUAAUUUUAGUAGUUUACUUUUUAAAAAAACUUCUAAUAAAGUGAAAAUGAUUAUAAUGUUUAGUUUCCUUUAUAACGUAUUUUCGAAAAUAUGCGGUAUAAAUACUAAUAUUUUCUCAAUAAUGUAUUUUGUGAUUUUAUUUAUGUAUUUAUCCUAUGAAAUUUAUAUAUAUCAUCAAGAAAAUAUAUCCAUAUUUGAAGCUACUCCUUACAAUUUUGCGGGCUGGUCAAACAAUAUGUGCAUGUAAAUAUGAAAACAACUGGAAAGACUGUUUAUAAUCGAUUGGGUGUCUUGGGCAAAGUUGUUGGUUAUCAUUAGGAUUAGGACUUGGUUUGCAUCUAAAUAUAUAUAUUUUUUAAACUUGUUUCGGCAUUAUUUUAGAUGUUUUCCAAAAAUCACAAUGUUUUCAAAACUUAUUUUUCUCUAGCUUCCUUUUCAAAACUUAUCAAUUGGAAUUCAACUUUAUCAUAAUCUAGGGGAACUAUACCCUUUCUCAGCCUAUUUCUAUUAUCGGCCUAUCAGCACUUUGAUCAUGAAUUACAGCUUAAAUAAAGUGUUUUUAACUGUUUCAAAAUAAUAAAUAGCUCAAAUAAAAGUGAGCAGAUUGUUGAUACAUCUGAAAAUGUUGAUUUAAUAGCGGAAAACGGCAAAAGUGAUAAGAAUUGGUCAAACGGCUUAGUGUGAUUAAAAUGGGUAUGUUUCCCCUACUACUUUUCCGAAGACACCGAAUCGAUAACACAUCUUUCUUUUAAAUAUUUUGAUUUCCAAAUAUUCACAUGCCCAUUUUAAAUUACCAGCCUGCAAAGUUGUAUCAAAUCUUCUAUGGAAAAAAAAUAAUGCUAAAUGGCUUCUUUUGGUACCGGAAAUGCAUGGAUAAAGUUAAUUUGAAUAAAAAAAUACAUAAAAUAGCAUAUUUGCGAAAACGUAAACCUCUUACAAAUUUGUUAGAGGAGUUGGCUGGUCAUGUUUGGGUGUACCAAAAAUAGUUUUGACUUGUGAAAAACCAAAAUUGAAAGAAGUGUGCCACCUAAAUCACCUGCUAAGAAACUUUGAUAUUUCAAAACAUUCAUUCAUUUACACAUUACAAGUUUUGAAAAUUUUGUCAAUCAUUUCAAAAGCGUUGUCGUAUUACUAGAAAAUUAAUGGUCAGAAACAACGUCAAGAUUUCAUCAAAAUCCAAACAGACUACAAGCUAAAGGAAAAAGGUAUCAUUCUCGUUGAGUGCAACACGACUUGUAGUCUUGCAACAUGCAAAUCACACUCUUAACUUGUGUCGCGCAACACAUUCAUUCAUUCGAGACGCAAACCAGUCAAACAUUGCAUGCAAGCCCAGCUCAUCAAAUCCAGUUAGAAAGGCAAAAUUUAGGGGGGAAAUUCCAGUUGGAAGAAAUGCCUUCCCUUUACGCUUACCGUAACUUGGUUGUAAACUUGAAAAUGCAAUUACUCGAGCGACAUAGUUAUUCUCUCUUAGCGAAAAAAUACCGACAUAGUGAAAAAACUAAAAUUUUCUCAACAAACAGUGUUGAGCCUAGAAUCGGUAGAAACAAAAAUGCGAUUAAUUUAAAUAGACCUAAAUUAUCAUAGCAAAAAAAAAAACAACAAAACUCACUGUAUAAAAUGCAUUUGAAGACUGAAAAAUCAAACACGAAACGAACAAUAGGUACUAACUGCUAUUGGCUAUUUGUGAAACUUUGAAAGACAAGAGUAACCGUAAAAGAGGUACGUUUUAAUGUAAAAAUAAAAACAAUAAAUCAAAUCUAGUGUGAAAUCAUGC